AUGCCUUCAGCUGCUCACUCCUCCUUUAAACUGAAAUGAAAUAUAUCUAAAAUUCGAUUUUCAGGUGAAUUAAUCCCAUUUAAUUGGAUUAUUUUUAUAAUUAAAAUUUUAUAUAAGUCAAAAAAAAAUAAUUUAUAUCUAUAGUUUAACUCAAUUUAAUGAAGGAAGUGCAAAUAGAAUGCUAUUUAAACAGAUUUUGCGCUGAAUCGAUUAAUAUUUUAAAUUAAUUCUUCCAAGUUUGAUUUAAAUUCAAAAAUACAUUCAAUUUAUAAUACGUUUUAAUUUAUUUUCAGAAAAUUUAAAUCCUUUUAAAUGUAAUAGCUUUUUAUUCCAAUUUAAAAUUGGGGGAGUCAAAAGAAAAAGCGAGACCAAGUCGCACUGUCAUUUUUACAAAACUCACAGAACUUGUACGAAUAUCUAAAAAACGAAAAUGUGCACUUAAGAGUCCUAGUUAUAGACUGAAUGAAGCAUUACAGAUCAAAUGAGACCGAAGCCCUUGGGUCAAUUUUAUCCUUUCUCUUGCAGUCCUGUGGCCUCAAUAAAGACACAAUCACAUUAGACGACCUUGAGAAAAACGAGAUGGAAGCCCUCGUUUCCCGUGUCAACGACCUAGCAAAAGAAAACGAAGAAUAUCCCUUAGUCUCUAAAAACAAAGUCCUCAAAAACUUCUACAGUAAUUUUCAAUUUUUUUGGGUCCAUCUUGUAUCAGAAGCAAAUGAUGACCUUUAUGAUGGAUCACUUUUGACCUUUUUAAUCAGCUGAAUGUCAAGUUUAACAUUCAGUAAGCUUAGAUCGCUUCGGCAUACUUCAACUGCUGGAAUUUUAUCAAUGGGCCAAGCUUUGAUUGACGUUUUGGUUAGAGAAGUCCAUGAUGCUGAAAAAGUGAAAACUUUUAUAUCAACUGAGCUGAAUAAAGGAAGCGAUAAAGAGCGUGUAGAAAAGCUAAGAGAGCAAGAAAAAGAAGCUGAUGAAAGGGUGAAAAUUAUUAGUGAGGCCUUGGAUUCGAUUUUUAAAGAUGUGGUUACUUUUAGAUGCAAGGAUGUUAUGAUGGAAAUCAGAGCUCUUUGUAUACAAAGUAUGGGAUACUGGGCUGAUAAAUAUGGAACUCGAUAUCUAAACCAAGGAAUUUUAGAUACUAUGGGAAUGAUGCUCUACGACAAAGCUCCAGAAGUCAGAGAAAAUGUCUUAAAUUUCUUAUCAAAAGCAUGCAUUGAAACAAAUUUAGUCAAAUUAAAAGACUUUAUUGCUAAAAAUAAGCUGAGACUUGUAGAGAUGUGCCAUGAUAUAGAAACAAAAUGCUGCGUGGAAGCUAUAAAAGUAUGCACUCUACUUGUGAAAGCUGAAAAACUUACAAAAGAAGAACAAGAUAUGGUUUCAUUUUUAUUAUGGGCGGAUGCAGAAGAGGUAAGAAAUGCUGUCAGUGAUUUUGUAGGAGCCUCUGCAUUUGGUGGGCAGUUGCCCAAAGACUCUACUUCUACUGGAGGUCUUGGGCUUGAGCAAGGGAGAAAUUUAUCAGCUGAAAAAGCUUUGUUGAGUAUUAUAGCUCAUUACCUUAGCUUAUAUAGAGGCUCACUGCAAUUACCGAAGCCUUGUCUCCUUACCCGCUUCCCCGCUUGCUCGCCAGUUCGCUAAUUCGAGCUUCACGACAUCGAGAAGGUUGGCUCUGCGAGAGGGCCUGCACGUGCUACCCAGUAGUCGGAAGAGUUUUUUCACUAUAUCGCGCGUAAACAUAUAUGCCCACCAUUGAAAAUAGUUGAAUUUUCCGGCCAACAGUCAGGAAAAAUGAAAGAUGAAAAGCUCAGGACGCAACAACUAGUAUCAUGCUGGGAAAUAUUUGAAUUGACGAAGAGAAUUACUUCUGGAACUGCAGGAUACCUUUCCAUUUACUAAUGAGGACAAAACUUAUCACUGUCUUGAACUUUGGAUGGCCAUCUCAGCACUACCGCUGUGCUUUUUCCAAGAAAACCUUGCUGGAUACAGAGAUCUUACGCCAACCUCCCUUCCUCGAGGUCUCCAGCACCCUGAGAGUAUCAGCUACAGGAGUUAAGAGGGUGGGUCGAUCCGCCAAGCUACUUUAAUAUAUGCUGAGUAUUAUAGCAUUCUUUAGAGAUUUCGGAGAAAAGCAAAUGUAUAGGGUUGAUUUACUUGUAAAAGCAUUUUGAAAUAGAACUUGCGUUCUGAGAGAUUGGGAAGCUAUUUGUGAGCUCCUUAGAAGAGGUGACCCAUCAAGACCUGGCACAUCCCCACUUGAAAUACAUGAUAGAGAAAUCCUUAUUAAUAUGCUUAUUUCUGCAUUAAAGCAUCUCCAGCACUGCCCUGAUAAGAAGCAAAGAAAUUCUAUGAUCGCGCUGUCUACAACGAUAAUUUCCCAUCUUCCUUAUUUGUUGAAUUUUUAUAGAAAUGAUCCUAUGGUGACAAAGGAAUUAGUGAAAAUUCCUAACUUCCUUGAGCUAUCGUCGCUUGCUUCUAAAGAUUUGAAAGAGCCUUUUACACUGCUCAUAAAUACUUUAAAGCAGCUUUUAAUGCAAAGUUCUGAUGGAGAAAUCAUAAUGAAAGCUGGACAAUGCUUACUCUGCUCCCAAUUAAAAUUAACUCACUAUGCAAAAAUAUUUAAAAAAAUUUCUUUUCAAAUUUGUUAUGGAAGAUCAUGAGAAAUAGAUACAUUUUAGGCAAGAUUUAUUUUCUGCAUCUUGGAAAAUAUUAAAUAAUUAUUAAUAAUUAUAAAUAUGCAAAGGAGAUUUAGGAAAAUUCGCAAGAGAAGCACAUCCAUUGCAGAAAGAAGCAAGAUCAGAAAUGACAAAGCUAGUUGAUGAUUGCAGUCAGGGAUUGAAAAAAGAAUUUAUCAAUUGGGUAUUGGAUGGAGAAGAAGGAGUUCUAGAGACAUGGCUAUGAAGAACAGAAUCGCUUAUUGCAGUUACUGAUUUACUAGAUGAUUUAGGAAACGACCGCUUUGAAGACUUUUUAACCGUUAUUUCUCAUUACACAACUCUCCUAUAUAAAAUUUUAAAAAAUUAUUUUAAAUAAAAUAAAAAUUUCUACUUGCUUAAAUAAUAAAAAUUAUUAUAAUUUUUUAUAAAAACAAUUUUAAUUUUUUAUAUUUUAGCCUAGCAUGAAGGUAAAUGACAGCCAAAAAAAUGUUCAACUCACCUUGCGUUGCUUACUCCCUCUCUCAUGAACGAGCAAAACUAUUGGAAAAAUCCCAAAAUUUGAGUAAAAAGCCCACCCAUCAUGAGCAAUAAAAAAUUUGAUUAUAAGUGAUAUUAGUAUUAUGAAAUCUCAUGAUAAUUCUGUUUAAUUUUAAUUAUCUUCAUUUUAAAAAAUAUUUUUACAAAUUUAAUUAAUAUUUGCUUUGCAAUUUUUGCGAAUUUGAAUUCCAUAAACAAAAAUUUACUAUAACUUAUAUAUAAAAAAAAUUAACAUUUUUGUUAGGGGGAGUUAGAAAUUGUAUAUUACUGGAAUCUUUGGCAUUUAAACAGGAUCACAAAUCAUCCUGUUGGUAUCGAAGAAUACAAUGCCAAAAGAAAGGAAAUAAUAGAACAUUUUGGAGCUCUGCUAGCUAAACAAGAUGCUGAUCCAGAACUCAGGAAAUACACUUUUAAAUAUUUAUGUGAGACUUUAAUGGUGAUUUCUGGGCAAAAAGCUGCAGAUACUCCUAUACAUUAUGAAGUCAGCAAUGAUUUAUGGGAAACCCUUGAAGAGUACAUGGCACUUGUUCCAUUAGAAAUUGAAACUUCUAUGGUCUCUGUUCCUCCUCGUGCAUUCUUUAAAAGAGGUGCAAAAAUAGAAACAAGCAAGGAAGACGCAGACUCUCACACACAAAUGGUCUGUCUGCACAUAGCAAGACUAAUCUGUAUGUGUCCUACUAUAACUUCAUCACAACUGCCUAGUAGUUUUUUUGCGCAUUAUGGGCAUUCUGCAUUAAGAGCUAUUUCCACCAUAGUAAAGCAUGCAUUAAAUUCAUUUAAAGCCAAAGAAACUUCCCAAGGAACAAAUAAUCAAGAAGGAAUUUUAUUCAAUAUUAUGCUGGAAUCACUGAUAAAAUGCUUAGGAAAUGGUGAUGAAGAUGAUAUCACAAAAAUGAAAGAGCUUGCAAGAAAAUUUGUAAAUGCUUUAGGAGCUGGACCAAUGAGACCAAAGCAAGCUGAUAAAUUUCUUUCAUUUUUGCUAGAUGGGAUUAGUUUUGCUUUCUCUGAUAAAGCAAAUUUCCCUAUAUUAGAUGGGUUAUCAAUUUUUGUCAGUAAAAAUUAUUUAUCACCAUCACAAAUUAGAGAAUUGUACGAAAGGAUUUCAAAAGAUGCAGAAAAAAUAGAAGAAAAAAUAAAAGAACACGAAACUGAUGUAGAAAAUUUAAUGUUUCCUGUAAAACAAUUUUUAUAUACACUCAGUAAAAUUGUAGGAGUUUCGAGGCCACCACCAGUGCAGUCUACAGAUAGAGCUAGAAAAAUGCUUGUAAGGAGAAGAGAUGAAGUUUUAAAUAAAGAUACGGACAAAUCGAAAAGAUGCAUUAAAAAAUCAUCAGUGCCGAAUGAAAAUAAUGAUGAUGAAAUUUAUAUUCCUCCAAAAAUUGAAGAAACUGAAGACUCAUUGAUUGUUUCUACAGAAAACUCUCAAAAGCAUUCAAAUGGAUUUGUGGCUGGGACUGAUGAAGAUGGAGAAGCUGUAUUAGAAAUCGGGAACAAUUUGGAGAAGAAGCAAAAAACUAAGAGAACUCAGCCAAGGAAAAAACCUCAAGAAGAACCUGCAAGAAAUGUGCCUUAUGUUGCUGUAAAGAAAUCAGCAAAACCUCCAUCCCCACCUCAGGCUCCAUCACAGGCUCUUAAAGCUGUCAAAAAAUCGGCAAAACCCCCAUCGCCCACCCAAGAAUUACCAAGAGCAGUAAAAAAAUCAGCAAAGCCUCCAUCUCCUAAUGUUGCCAUGCCUAAAGCUAUAAAAAAGUCUGCAAAUCCUCAAACACCCCCAGAUCAUACUAUUAUUAAUAGUAUAAAUAUAAGCUUAUAUCAUUUAAAUAAAAAAUAGCUAUAUCAAGCAUAGAUUAGAGUAAAGAAUCCCCUAAAAAUAUGGAUUUUGACGGGACUGAUAACAGUGAUACAAAUCAAUACUCGGACUCUUCUGUCAAUAACAAAGCAAUCCAAGAUUCUGAUCAUACUGAAACUGAUAGCUCAGGAGAGGAACAGCCAGAAACUACUAUGGAGGAAUCAGAAGAAAUGCUUACAAUAAAUACAGUUUUUCCUAAAAAAAGAAAAUCAAGAAUAGUGGAUGAAGAUGGAGAAAUUGAGGAUAAAAAUAUUGCAAUAAGAAGCAAGAGACCAGCAAGAAAUUGAUAA